GCGGGAUUCCUCCACACUUAUUACCUCCGGGUGGGUGAAUUUAUUUUAUGACUACUGAUGGUGCACGCCUCAGUGCUGUCGCGCGGCGUCGGCUACGCGAUGCAAAGUCAGCAUCGACAACUCCACCCGUUGCGGUGUCUGGCUCUUCCUCAGAGAAGGGCUUGACUCCACCUGCAUCUACAUCCGGCAGGACGACGCCCAAGCGCAAAGCCGAAGAGCUGGCCGAUGAUGGUCCCAGGAUAGAAAACCAGUUCACCCCUUUGGUGGACGUUGCAGCAGUCAAUUUCAGCUCAACCCGCGAAGUCGAACAGGUCGGAGAGGCGUCUGUUAGAAUCAGGCUCUCUAAAUCUCAGAAAUGCUUUGUCCUGGGGAUCGGUGAUCUUUGGGUCAAGGACGGAUCACUCUCCGUAUACGGCGCCACGGUUCAUGCUUCGACUCGGACCUAUCGAAUUUAUUCUCCAAUUACUCACGCUCUCGUUUCGAUCGAAGCUCUCACCAAGACUUGCGAAUUCGAGUUGAAUUCGGUGCAUGACACUCUCCUCGAUUUGCCCGAGCUAGGAUCCCGAAAUCUGUGGGCCCCGCCUGAUGUCGAACCCUCACGCGCCUCUUUCCAUAUCUUGGGCCACUCGUUCAGCCAUGACCCCAGAAACCCUGGUCGCUUCAAAGAACUCAAUAUAGAUCCAUGGAAGAGCACUCUCCUGCAGCUUUCAGAGUUUCGUUCAACGGCUAAGAGUCUGCCUCGAGUACUCUUGUGUGGCAAGCGAAACUCGGGCCUGUCAACUUUUACAAGGUGUUUGGUCAACCGAAUCAUCACUACACAGAGUGCGAAAGGAGAGAAGAAUCAAGCACCGGGUGUGACAGUGGUCGACCUGGAUUCACGCGCUCCCGAGUUUGCAGCACCGGGGAUGAUCAGUCUUGUUCACGUGUCCGAAACCAUCUUGGGACCACCUUUCACCCAUCCCCUUCCUGCUAGAGGAAGUGGCAGUCGAAUUCUGAAGCAACAUUUUGUUGGGGAAGUGGAGCCCAGCGAAAUGAUACAGUGGCACAUGAAGCAAGUCACCAAUCUCCUCGAUCUUGAGCACCUACAUCGAAACGAAGCAGGGGAAAGUCCUCUAAUCGUGAUUGCACCUAAAUGGUGGCAGGAUAUUGACCCAGAUGUGGCUGCCAGACUGUGGACGCAGAUGAGCCCAACCGCAGUAGUCUGUUUUGACAGCAGUCCGCAGUCAACAUACUUACACCCUUGGAUAGCCCUCGCAAGCUCGACUGCGACAACUGCCGUGUUUAUUUCUCCCCAGCCACUGGAAGGCUUGUCAGCUUUGCGAGAACACAACUUGAGGAUGCAAUCAUAUUUUCAUGCCGUUGAGCUCCCCAACCAAACCUUGACCUGGAACAGUCGGCCAGUCUUGUGUGGCGGUCAGGCCGAGGUAGCUCUAAGUUAUGCAGGCAGAAACGCGCAAAUUCGAGCAGUUGUGCUCCAAGGAGGGCAUGUGGCGGUGGAGGACACAUACGAUGCGUUGGAAGGAAGCCUUGCUGCUGUUAUGGCGGUGAAUGUUACAGAUGGAGACAGAGACCUGGAUGGUGCACCUUCCGAUGGGAAAGCUAUCGUAAAUGACGAUCUGGCGGCACGACAAGGUCGAUAUUUGCCGGAAAUAGUCAGGACCGAGGAGGACAUACCCCGGGCAACUUCAGAACAAGUGAAUGGCUAUGCAGCCGCGGCGGAGACGAGAUGUCUUGGUUUGGGAUUCAUUACUCGGAUAGACUUGUUCCGGGAUCAGAUUGUGAUGAGUGCUGGACUGUGGACUGGUGUGUUGGAGUCGCAGAUGCAGGGGCAACAAGUAGUGGUGGUCGUGCCGAAAGCCACUCCGGAUGGUCGCUACAAGACGGAAUGGAUGAAGAGAGAGAUGUCGUUUGCAUCAAGAACCCUCGGUGAGGCUACGGUAGUGGAAGACUCUCAGGGUGAAUGACAAUGGAGCUGGUGGGACGUGGCCUGACUCUGGCUGCGUCUCUAAUGCAAGUGCGGGAAUUGGCUGACCUGCCACCUGCAGGAGGCUCUCUGGCGUUGUCGAACACCUGUAGGGGAAUUGUAUAUAGCAUUAUCGUUCGGGGGUCUAGGGAUGGAGUGCAUGAAUAACGGCGCACCCUGGCAUUCAAGACUUGAAAGCGAGGUUUGUGGUUUGUCGAGUCUCGCUUGGUGUGACGGUUCACUCCGUGCUGUCCGCAUCCUCGAGAGUUUGGUUCCGCAGAUCCGGCCUUUGAGAGCGACUGGCUUAGAAAGUGUCAACCAAGGUACCUAGGGAGAUAUCAACGCGAGCGGUUGACUUGUGCUUGGGGAGUUGAUUGGUUUCCGAUGGAUGCGAGCAAGACUGUCAACUGGCGGUCAGCAGUCUCGGGAAUCUAGCCAUGUGUGCCAAUUGUGUUCUGGCCAGUCAUCUUGUAGGCGCAGGCAGGAGAGAUGCGGACC